AUGGCCGAGCGGGGCCGCCCCGGCCUGGCCGGGCCCGCGCCCGGCGCGCUCAACACGCCCGUGCCCAUGAACCUGUUCGCCACCGGGGAGGUGGACGGCUCCAGCCCCAGCUGCGUGCCCAGGUUGUGCAGCCUGACCCUAAAGAAGCUGGUGGUGUUCAAGGAGCUGGAGAAGGAGCUCAUCUCCCUGGUGAUCGCCGUCAAGAUGCAGGGCUCCAAGCGAGUUCUGCGCUCCCACGAGAUUGUGCUGCCCCCCAGUGGACAAGUGGAGACGGACCUGGCACUGACGUUCUCACUGCAGUACCCUCACUUCCUGAAAAGAGAAGGCAACAAACUUCAGAUCAUGCUGCAGCGGAGAAAGCGGUACAAGAACCGUACCAUCCUGGGCUACAAGACUCUGGCCGCAGGCUCCAUCAACAUGGCUGAGGUGAUGCAGCACCCGUCCGAGGGCGGCCAGGUGCUGGGUCUGUGCAGCGGCAUCAAGGAGGCCACCGUCAAGGUCGCCGAGAUCUGGAUCUUCUCCCUAUCCAGCCAGCCUAUCGACCACGAGGAUGGUGCCAUGCACACUGGCCCCAAGGCCAAGUCCACGGACAACUACUCUGAGGAAGAGUACGAGAGCUUCUCCUCGGAGCAGGAGGCCAGCGACGAUGCCGUCCAGGGGCAGGAUCUGGACGAGGAUGACUUCGAUGUGGGGAAGCCCAAGAAGCAACGGCGAUCGAUAGUAAGAACGACGUCCAUGACCAGGCAACAGAACUUCAAGCAGAAAGUUGUGGCCUUGCUGCGGAGGUUUAAAGUAUCGGAUGAGGUGCUGGACUCGGAGCAGGACCCUGCUGAACAAGUCCCCGAGGUAGAGGAGGACCUGGACCUCCUGUAUGACACACUGGACAUGGAGAACCCCAGUGACAGUGGCCCUGACAUGGAGGAUGACGACAGUGUCCUCAGCACCCCAAAGCCAAAGCUCAGGCCGUACUUUGAGGGCCUGUCUCACUCCAGCUCGCAGACCGAGAUCGGUAGCAUCCACAGCACUCGGAGCCAGAGGGGGCCACCCAGCCCCGCUGAGGUGCCUGAGAAGACAAGGCCCCUGGGCGGCCGACAGUUGAGCGAGAGUGUCUCCGACCCAACAGCCCACAGCACACCCGUGCGGGAACAGCCCAGGCCACCAGAGGACAGCCCGGAAGCCGAAGUCUCCACGCUGGAUGCGUUCACUGAGAGGCUGCCGCCAAGCGGGAAGAUCACCAAGACGGAGUCACUCAUCAUCCCCUCCACCAGGUCCGAGGGGAAGCAGGCCGGCCGCCGGGGCCGAAGCACGUCCCUGAAGGAACGGCAGCCAGCACGGCCACAAAAUGAGCGGGCCAAUAGCCUAGACAAUGAGCGUUGCCCAGAUACCCGGAGCCAGCUGCAGAUCCCCAGGAAGACCGUGUAUGACCAGCUCAACCACAUCCUGAUCUCUGACGACCGGCUCCCAGAGAAUAUCAUACUCGUCAACACCUCCGACUGGCAGGGCCAGUUCCUCUCCGACGUGCUGCAGCGACACACACUGCCCGUGGUCUGCACCUGCUCCUCGGCCGAUGUCCAGGCCGCCUUCAGCACCAUCGUCUCACGCAUACAGAGAUACUGCAAUUGCAAUUCCCAGCCCCCGACCCCAGUGAAGAUUGCCGUGGCCGGCGCACAGCAUUACCUCAGCGCUAUCCUGCGGCUCUUUGUGGAGCAGCUGUCCCACAAGACCCCUGACUGGCUCGGCUACAUGCGUUUCCUCGUCAUCCCUCUAGGCUCCCACCCUGUGGCCCGCUACCUGGGCUCCGUGGAUUACCGCUACAACAACUUCUUCCAGGAUCUGGCCUGGAGAGACCUGUUCAAUAAGCUGGAGGCCCAGGGCACAGUGCAGGAAACCCCAGACAUCGUGUCCCGAAUCACGCAGUACAUCGCAGGGGCCAACUGCGCCCACCAGCUGCCCAUUGCAGAGGCCAUGCUGACCUACAAGCAGAAGAGCCCUGACGAAGAGUCCUCCCAAAAGUUCAUCCCCUUUGUCGGGGUUGUGAAGGUUGGCAUAGUGGAGCCGUCCUCCGCCACGUCAGGUGACUCAGAUGAUGCAGCCCCAUGCAGCUCCAGCGUGCUCUCCUCCACACCGCCAUCCAUGUCUCCGGCUGCCAAGGAGGCCUCACCCACUCCACCCUCGUCCCCCUCUGUGAGCAGUGGCCUUUCUUCCCCCAGCCAGGGCGUCGGCGCCGAGCUGAUGGGGCUGCAGGUGGAUUACUGGACAGCAGCUCAGCCUGCGGAGAAAAAGAGAGAUGCGGAGAAGAAGGACCUGCCCACGGCCAAAAACACGCUCAAGUGCACUUUCCGGUCCCUCCAGGUCAGCAGGCUGCCCAGCUGUGGCGAGGCCUCGGCCACGCCCACCAUGUCCAUGACCGUGGUCACCAAGGAGAAGAACAAGAAGGUGAUGUUCCUGCCCAAGAAGACGAAGGACAAGGACGUGGAGGCCAGAAGCCAGUGCAUUGAGGGCAUCAGUCGUCUGAUCUGCACCGCCAAGCACCAGCAGAACAUGCUGCGGGUUCUCAUCGAUGGGGUGGAGUGGAAUGACGUGAAGUUCUUCCAGCUGGCGGCGCAGUGGUCCUCCCAUGUCAAACACUUCCCCAUCUGCAUCUUUGGACACUCCAAGCCUGCCUUCCAGCUCCCACCACCCUGAGGACGGAGCCAUUAGAGAGCCGUGCAGGGACAGCCAGGGCCGCCACCGCCACCCACCUAGCAUCCUGCCCUGCGAGGCCGCCACGCCGGGAGCCCCUCUGCUUUUCUGUUAACAUUUCAGUUUACUACAGAGACAGACGCUUACACAGAGAAACGGUCUUCAGUAUGAAUGUACUUACAGCCUGGAAACUAACGGGGCGGCUCCUGUGUGGGGAGCUGAAUACUACUCUGCUUAUUAACCAGAAUGUUCCGCAGGGGCGCUGGGAGGUCUGAGCGGACACUGUUGAGCUUGGAGAAUCAGGUGAGGUGGUGUUGGUCUUCAGGAGCUCCUACCCGGUGCCCCACAAGCAGGAAGGAUUCUUGCCUUCACAUCCUUCCUUCAUGAAACAGGCCUCUGCUUUCUCAGGUAGCCAGAGUGCAGAAGGGCAGCUGCCCAUCUGUGCAGGUGAGGGCCCACUCAUCUGCACAAGUGAGAGCCCCCUGUCUGCGCAGGUAAAGGGCCUACCUGUCUGCACAGGUGAGAGCCCACCUGUCUGUGCAGGUAAAGGGCCUACCUGUCUGCACAGGUGAGGGGCCUGCUCGUCCAGGCCACAGCACUUGGUGGCCAGAAGCUAAGGGUCACAGCCAGGGAGCAGCGUGUCCUGUGAGCCGGGUUGUUCCUGCUGGGCCUUAUGUUGGAGAGAGUGCUGAGGAGAGCACGGAGGGCAGUCUCAGCUCAGCCCUGGGCCCAGGGGCACUAGGCUCCCCUCCUGCCCAGACCCUGCCUGACAGAUGCCUCCCUGAGCGCUGCCCACUCGUGGUCCCCAGGGAACUACAGCCACAUGGGGUAGUAGAGAUUUUAUAGUUGCAGAUAUUUUUAAUGCUUUUAAAUACAUGUUACAAUGUAGCUGCCAAACAUACUGCUCUUCUGAAGUCCAGUGCCCACUGGGGCGAGGGCAGAGCUAGCAAAGUACCCACGCCCUCAUGCGCCCCCGCACCUCAGUACCCCCACUUCGCACUGCAGGCACUCUCAAGACCUUCCCGCACCCUUGGCCUGUUCUGGAAAAACACUGCUGUGCUUCUGUGUGCUCAUCUUGCUGCCCGAACUCGGCCAGUGCAAGGGCCUCUGGGUCUGUGGGCUGAGCCCCUGCAGCCCCGAGUGGCUCCAGCCCAGUGUCCGAGACGCCAACCUGGGAAUUGGUGAGACACAGCUGGGGCCACCCAGGGCUCGCUCCCUCAUAUCCAGCUUGCCCUUUGCUGGUUCCUCCCACGCUGUCUCCCCCGCCUCCUCAACCUCUGUUGGCCCCAGGAUGCCUGGGUUGAGAUUCAGGAUUGUGGUGAACGUGGAAACAGGUGCCAGGUGUGUGUCUCACUUGCACAAUCAUGUGGCCAGUAAAGGCUCAGGCUGGCAGUGCCAGCCUGUUUUGAUGGGGGGGUGCAGUCCCAGUGCUCCUUGCAGGGGCCCAAGAGCCUGAAGCACACCCGGGGCCAAAUUCCUAUCCUGGGGGCAGGCCCCAGCCUCCGUUUGUCCACCUCCACUGGCCACCCGUGAUGGGGCAGUGGGGACCCCUGCACCCCCAGGUCUCCAUGGGAAGAGCCCACCCAACUGGGCCUUUCUGGGUCAUGGCAGGCCCAUCCAAGGAGGCUUGGGCCUGGCUUCCUAAGAGGAAUGGCCACUGAAGGAUGUGACUGGAAACAGUGCCAAACGUAGGAUGGGUGUGGCACUCCCACCCUGCAGAGCACCAACUGCAUGCCAGCAGCCAGCGUCACUGAGGGUCCCCACCCUCUCUGGGGUGAGAAAUGCUCCUUUUCUCUCGCCUGUGACUAGCUGCUUACCUGCCCCCCACCCAGGUACUUUGGAAACCAGCUCCCAGGUGUGCCUAGCAUUGUGAAGUGGGGCCAGGGAGGAAAAAGUGGUGCCUGUCCACCUCUUCUAGACACAGAGGCAUCUCAGUACCCUAGCCUGGCCCCCAUCUGGUCCUCCUGAGACGUCGCUGGUCUUUCUCAAGCAGCAGGCCCUGGGCGGGCUCUUUCCCGCCACCCCCUUCACUGGGGCAUCUCAUGAGAAGAAAGCACACCAGGCAUCUUGCGGGGGGAACCCUGCUUGUGGCCACACAGGGGCUGUGCCUGUGGGGCCACGUGGAGGCCAGGCCUCUCUGCUCUCCCGAAGAGAGCCCCUCACUGCUGAAAUACAUGUCUUCUGACACCCCUACCCCUGUGCCAGGAGACCGAAGCGCACCCUGGGACUCUGCCCACCCAGGCCAAGGAGGCCUGGGCAAGGGCGCUGGCCACUGUGCUCGUGGCAGCAGGGGCUUCGAACACUCAGAACCAGCUCUGGCUCCUGACCCCCUUCUCUGUUCCCCAGCAUCCGCACCAGUGGGCUUCAGGACCUGUUUACUUCUUGACAGGUGUCUUCCCAAAGGUCAUACUCAGUAGGAAUGAGAUGGAGGUGAUGGUACCCCCAACUUAGCUCUCUGGCAACGGACUGUUCCACCCACUCAGCUGAGGCCACCAGGAGCUCUGGUGGGGCCCUCUUCCCCCUGCAGCCUGGCUCCCCGCUGCCCCCAGCCCACCCACCACACCCUGCACUGGGGGAGGUUUCGCAGACGGGCAUCUGCGACUCACCCGGAGACCAGGCCAUGCUCACCCCUGUGCCUCGGUUUCCCCAUCAGUUAAAAGGGGAUGGUAACACCUCCCUUGCCUACCUCAUGGAGCUGGUGUGAGGAUACGCGGAAAAGCACUUUGUCCCCUCCAAGAAAGACGACAGAGAAACCAAAACAGCCUGUGACUGAGCCGGCGGAGCAAGCCCGGGGUGCUGCGUGGGAGGUGCGCCGGGGAGGGGGGUCCCCGGGGCAGCCGGCAGCCCUCAGAGCAGGGUCCUCAGGGUGGGCAGCGGGCUGUCUGGUCAGCGCCAGGGCGGCCGGCCCGCGCGUGUGAGCGGCCAGGCCUUGGGCACCGGCCCUGGCCCCGUCCAGGUGGCUUCUGUGAGGACGGCCACUCCGCCCCCCGACCCGCCGCGCGGCGGACCCGCCUGCAGACCCCUCCCCGCCCAGCGUGCGUUGUUGGGUUCCCAGUUGUAUGUGUUGCUAGUUUUUCUUUUUGCUUUUUUAAUGGAAAACAGGAUUAAUGUAAAUAACCUUUUGGAGAACAGAUGCUAAUCUGUCGCGUUUGUGACUACGUGGACUAUUUUAAGGUGCUGAUGCGACACUAAUAAACCUGGAGGGUCACCCCCAGGGUCCUCCCUCGGCUGCUGUGUCGUUCCUCA